AUGCUGUUCCCACGAUGGUUUGCUGCAAGCUUUUGUGAAGUAGAGCCGGGCAGAUGGGAGCGCGAGGCUGCUUUGGCAACUCUGGUGGCGGCUCUAGGAGGUUUGCGCGUGGGCGGGUGCUUGAUCCUGCACAGUCCCCACAGAGGGCAAUCACUAGCUGGACUCGUGCAGCACCUUUUCGAGCGCACCGAACUUGUUGCAGUCCCUCGAAAUUCUGCUGGAGAGCCGGAGGUGUUUCUUGUGGGUUGGCAGUUUCGUGGGGUGCAGCCGGCUCUUCUUCAAGCGCUGUCUGGUGCGGUGAGCAAGGAGCUGUCGGCCAAGCAGAGUCCAGAGCUCGUGGAUGCGGCGCUUCUCCAUCCAAGCCUGUCAGGCCGGCUGGAGGCGUGGCAGCGCCUUGUUGCCGAGGGGCCUCGAUCUGCCCCGAGGACACUUGCCUCGAUGCCGGUACAGCUGCACCUGCUUUGGGGCCACUGCCAUGAGUCGCUGCUUCAAGGACCUCCAGGUGCAACAGGAGCGCAGCAACUCGACUUCACACGGCUGGCUCAGCGUCGCCAGCGACUUUGGUGUACAGAGGCACCUGCCGCCAAGCGAGCUCGCCUCACCCCAGUUCCACCCAGCGAAAAAUGCCGAAGUUGGUGCCAAGGAUGGCGACAGAUGAUGCGGAGCCGUGAAGCAGACCGCGUGCUGUUGCAGACCUUGGAGGUUUCUGCCGAAGCUGCGGUUACAGCAGCAAAGCUUUGGUGGAAGGAAGUACGGCUGCAACCACCCUGGACGCUGGUCCAUUCCACGUUUGCCGAACCCCAAAAGCUCUACGCGGGGAUCUCGGCUCGGUUGGAACGCGAAGAGCGUGGAGGCGUGGAAGUCGCACGGCUCCCUGAUGAAGCACCACCGCUUCUAGCUGCUUUCAUUGACCUCUUGGCUACGUGGUUGCCGAAGCGGCUGUCCAAAGGAGGAGAGGCCCUGGCAUGCCAGCAAUGCUUCUGUGUGAUGCUACCUGGUGGAGAUGAGACGGUCCCCACGUGGCUGCGAAACGAGAUGGGCAUGUCACAGUGCCAUGCUCUUCGAGUGACACCCGAUGGCUCUGCAGCUGCCCGAGGUCAAGCGGACCUGACUCUGGUGGAGCUGUGCCCGGAUCCAGACUCACACCCCAGCUGUGAGCUUGCCGGCCUUGAAUGCCAGCCUGCCUGGCGUCGAGAUGCUGUGGGGGCUAUCACGAUGGCCUUCCGUGCUGUUGCUCCAGGAGGCGACAUGUUCCUCCAGCUUCCUAGCCUGUUCACGCGCUUCACCGCGGGAGUGUGCUGGCUGAGUUUGUGUUUUAUCGUAUCUCGUAUCGACACUGAGAUCAGCUCCAAGCACGGCUGCACGUGGCUGAUAUGCAGCUCCUAUGUCCUCGACUCGGCUGGAAGACCACUCCCCGGAAUGGCAUGCACCCGAAUGCUGAAGAACGACAUGCCCAACUCCCUGAACGAACUGAAAAAGGCUCUGCAGGUGCCAAAGUCUCCGAGCCAUUCUCGGCAAAAUUCGGCAACUUACAAACUGCUCGAACUGUUGAAGACUGUUGAAGUCAAGUUGCGCCAAGCACGGUGUGCAAAAGCCGCUCAGCAGCAACUUCUGAAGAGCUUAGCCGGCCGGGCGCACUGCGAGCCUCCCAUCCUUUCGGGGGUGGUUCCAAAUGCAAAUCUCGGCCUGGCCUGUUUUGCCGAAGUGGGAGAGCUGUUGGACGACGCUAGGCCUGUCGAAGAAUUCAUGGUUGAAAAAGACCAGGUGGGCAUGAUCGCAGUGGUACUGUAA